AAUUCGACCCUGGUAGUUAAACGAGUCCUGACCUGGUCGGAUUCGAGGUGAGGAGAGCCGGCGAUGGUCGGCGUCGUCCCUCGUCUCUGCGAUCUCAUCCGCGUCUCUCUAAGUCCCUACCUGAUGCCAAAGCCCUUCUCACUGACCAAGGAGUCCGAGAAGGAUCUCCUGAUAUCUCUUUCUCGCGUUCGCAAGGCAAUCCAGCGAUGGAAUGAUGAUGAAUCCGAAUUCGAAGGAAAUCCGGAAAAAGAUGCUGAUUGUCACUUCCAUGUCACAUAUUGUAUAUAUGUCAAGCAACAGACUGAAGUUGGAAGCAAUUGCUUCAUGGAUAUUAUUUCUACAAUGGUUCCUUUCUUGGGUCUUGAAAGUGGAUUUGUUAGGCAUCUAGUGGGAAAACUUUUUGUAGACAUGUCAAAUCUUCUAGCUGUGUGUAGGACCAAAUGGAUCAGGUUCGUGCGCUUGCUAUGGAUCAGCCAUGGGAUAGCAAUGUCAAGUAUCAUUUCAAGCUCACCUAUGUCAACUAGAUCUAUUCAUAUCCCAAAUGAAAGCUGGUUGCAGUCCUUUAUGAAAUCUGAAUGGGUUAGAAUGGAAAAUUCAGCUUUUGAUAUUUCAACCUUUGUUGAUCUUUUGCACUUAAAAGUCUUUGAAAUUAACUUGUUUAUGGUGGAAGGUCUCUUCCAAAUCUUCCGCAACAUUCUAAAAUCUUCAAAAAAUGAUAUAAAUAAUCUCGAAGGAGCAUAUACAUAUAUUGCUUUAUCAUCACUCCUGAAGAUGCCAUGGAGUUGGUUGAAUGAAAUUCAUACUAGACAUAUUAGUUCUGGAGAAGAUGGAUUGCUUGGUAGUAAAAACUUUCUGCCAAGGCCCACAAAUAUGAUUUCAGGGAUAAUUCUUCAACUUCUCUGUUCCUUGUGUGAGCAAAAGGAUCUUAUAGAUGCUGAGGGUGUUUCUGCUGGAGGCCAUGUCAUAUAUACUGAGUUUGCAGAGCUAGUGAUUAAGCUUCUGCCAGGUUUCUUUGAGCACCUUGGAUGCAAGACGAACCUCUCCAGAUACUUGAAACACAAGUUACUGAUGUUGAUGACUAGACUUAGGUCUCAUGUGCAGGACAAUGUUUCCCACCUUGUUUUGUGGCUAGAGUUGCUUAAACACAAUUUUCAAGAUCUCCUAUACAUGCCCAUAUCGGAUUGUUCUGUUGGUCCUGCAACUGUUGUAAAAGAAUCUCCAUUUUUGGCUAAUUUUGAUGAUGGGGACAAGUUGCAGAAUUUAUGUACCAAACACUUGUGGAGACAGAUAACUUUUCUCUUUCUCCAUUGUUGCUUCAGAUUGGUCCACUUUGACAAGAAAUCUGGCUACCAAUUUCAUUGUGAAGCACAAUCUUCAUGUGUCACUUCUCCAUUGAAAGUCUGUGGCAAACUUGGCACCUCAAUGGGCUUAAUGCAACUUUUUGAGUGGCUUCAAAGAUUAUUUCCACUGGAAAAUAUUGUGGACUAUGAAAGUUUCAGGGAAUCAUGUUGCACUUUUGCUGCAUUCUUCUUACAACUUUAUUUGGAGGAGGAUGACAUGCUAUUUGAUAUCUUGUUGCAACUUUUGGAUGCUCCAGUCAUUAACUUACAGAUUUGCAGCUGCAGUAGUGGAGAGGAAAUACAUUUUGAGGAGGAGAAGAAGAGUGCUGUUUUUGUUAUUUCCAGCAUCUUUAACCCUAUUUACCUUUUCCAUGUGUUUCUUUUGCUGUUACAUUAUGAUCAUCUGGUGCUUGUUGACUAUCUAAUUUCGAAAGAUACAGGAAUUCGUUUUCUGCAGUAUCUUUUAAGGUGUCUACGAGUGAUUUGCACAUUCUGGCAAACUUUUGUGGCGUUGUCAACAUUUGAAGGUGAAAAGAGUCAGCCUAGGCACAAGAGAAGAAAGAUAAUGCAUGAUAAAUUAGAAUCAGCACCUUCAAGUUCAACAACUAAAGGGCAAAUGCCAUCAGAGCUUUUCACUGUUAGUGAUGCAGAUAAGAGCAUAUUGCAACCAAAUUUUGAAAAUGCUAAAGUUUGUUUGCUUAACUUAAAGAAAACUGUGGAAGAUCUUCAUCGAAAGGAUUUAUUUCCUUACAAUCCAGAGCCCCUUAUUAGAAGUUUGACCAGAUUUGAGUCACUCUGCAGCAAAUAGCAGCUAUAAUUUAGAAACCUCACCAUGGUUUUGGUUUUGUGUCACAUGAAUGCGAUCAGUAAUGUACCGCUUGAGUCGCUUUUCAUUAUUACUCAGGGGUGCACAGGUAAGCAUACAACUUCUUCCUCUGCUUCUCUCUAUUCGAUUAACUGUAAAGCUAAGAUCAACAGGUUCAAUGAAGAGACUGCAGCAGAAAAUCCUUGCACUUCUAAUUAGAAAUUCAUGACAAGCUCCUCUUGGUGUUUGCUGAACCACGGUCUCUCAUCUCCAACAUCUUUUGGAAUCUCUACUUUGUUUGGACCAAUCAAAUACAUUUUUUUUACAAGUAGAGUAUGAUCAUACUGUAACCUUGCUAUGCUAGAAAGAAUGAACAAUGAAGAGCUCAUUUUUCUGGUUUCAUAAGCUAUGGCUGACGACUUGAACGGAGGGUUGAGCAGGAAAGAUUCCAAGGGAGUGGACUUAGGGAGUGUUUUGUAGAGCUUCUACUGAGCACUUGUUAGAUUCUAACUACAUGGAAAUAUUUUUGAGUAUUUGUCAAUGUCAAAUUCUAUUUUAGAUUCUGUAACUUUUACUAAAAACUAGAAGUAAGAAUUUGAUGUUU